AUGAAAGUAUUAGCAAGACUCAUCGUGGGACUUGUCCUCUUGGAUGCUGCUGUGACUGCCCCAACUCUAGAAUCCAUCAACUACGACUCAGAGACAUACGAUGCCACCUUAGAAGACCUGGACCAUCUGUACAACUAUGAGAACAUUCCAGUGGGGCGAGCUGAGAUUGAAAUAGCGACAGUGAUGCCUUCUGGAAACAGAGAGCUCCUCACUCCGCCCCCACAGCCAGAGGAGGCUGAAGAGGAAGAGGAAGAGGAAUCUACCCCCAGGCUGUUCGAUGGUUCUUCCCCACAAGAGCCUGAAUUCACCGGGGUUCUGGGUCCACAGACCAAUGAAGACUUUCCCACCUGCCUUCUGUGUACUUGUAUAAGUACCACCGUAUACUGUGAUGAUCAUGAACUUGAUGCUAUUCCUCCGCUGCCCAAGAACACAGCUUAUUUCUAUUCCCGUUUUAACAGAAUUAAAAAGAUCAACAAAAAUGAUUUUGCAAGCCUAAAUGAUCUAAGAAGGAUUGAUCUGACUUCAAACUUAAUAUCUGAGAUUGAUGAAGAUGCAUUCAGAAAGCUGCCUCAACUCCGAGAGCUUGUCCUGCGUGACAACAAAAUUAGGCAGCUCCCAGAACUGCCAACCACUUUGAGAUUUAUUGAUGUCAGCAACAAUAGACUUGGAAGGAAAGGAAUAAAGCAAGAAGCAUUUAAAGAUAUGUAUGAUCUCCAUCAUCUCUACCUCACGGAUAACAACUUGGACCACAUCCCUCUACCACUCCCAGAAAAUCUGCGGGCCCUUCACCUCCAGAAUAACAACAUUCUGGAGAUGCAUGAAGAUACCUUCUGCAAUGUUAAAAAUUUGACUUAUAUUCGUAAGGCACUAGAGGAUAUUCGACUGGAUGGAAACCCUAUCAAUCUCAGCAAAACUCCUCAAGCCUAUAUGUGCCUACCUCGUUUGCCUAUUGGGAGUCUCGUCUGA